AUGCCGAGCCCUCCCAAAAUUGAUGAACUUUUCCAACUCGACGGCUACCUGCAGCCUUUCCGUGGCGAAAUUGAGCGGCGAUAUGGCGUCUUCAAGGAGUACGAGCACAAAAUCGAGGAAUGCGGCGGCUGGGAACGGUUCACGCAGGGCUACAAGGAGUUCGGAAUGAUCGUUGAGCCCGACAAUACAGUGAAGUGCCUCGAGUGGGCGCCCGGAGCCGAUUCCUUGUCGCUGAUUGGCGAUUUCAACGGCUGGAACCACGAUACGCACAAAUACACGCGUGAAGAUUACGGGCGCUGGAGUUUGACAAUUCCGCCGAGUUCAGAUGGCAGUUGUGCGGUAAAACAUGGGAGCAUAAUUAAGAUUGCCGUCACGAAGGAUGGGCACACGAAAAACAAGCUGUCUCCUUGGGCUCAUUAUGUGACCAGGCCGACAGACAGCGUCGUGUACCAUCAAAUCUUCUACAACCCCGCCAACCCCUACAAGCUGCACGUUCCGCGCCCGACUCGCCCGAAGUCACUGCGCAUCUACGAGGCUCAUGUCGGCAUCAGUAGCCCGGAUGGGAAGGUAAAUACCUACCGCGCAUUCGCCGACGAGGUCAUUCCUCGCAUCAAAGCCCAAGGCUACAACACCAUCCAGCUGAUGGCUGUUAUGGAGCACGUCUACUACGCAUCGUUCGGCUACCAAGUCACCUCAUUCUUCGCGCCGGCUAGUCGUUGCGGAACGCCUGAUGACUUGAAAUACAUGAUUGACAAGGCGCACGAGGCGGGGCUCACCAUGCUACUGGAUGUCGUCCAUUCGCAUGCAUCGAAAAAUGUGGAAGAUGGCCUAAACGGCUGGGAUGGAACCGAUGGCGGCUACUUCCACUCGUCGGCGCGUGGUUUCCACAACCUUUGGGACAGCAGGCUCUUCGAUUACACCCAGAUUGAGGUGUUGCGCUUCCUGCUUUCCAACCUGCGCUGGUGGAUCGACGAGUACGGGUUUGACGGGUUCCGUUUCGAUGGCGUGACAAGCAUGAUCUACCACAGCCAUGGAAUGAAUGAUGACUUUGCCGGAGGCUAUCCAAUGUACUACGGGUUGAACGCGGACACCGACUCUCUCGUGUAUUUGAUGCUCGCCAAUGACUUUUUGCACAAGAAAUAUCCCAACGUCAUCACCAUUGCUGAGGAGGUUUCCGGGAUGCCAGCACUUUGUCGGCCAGUUGACGAGGGUGGCCAAGGCUUCGACUAUCGCCUGGCCAUGGCCAUCCCGGACACUUGGAUCAAGCUCCUCAAGCACACGCAGGACGAGGAUUGGGAUAUUGCCAACAUUGUGCAUACGCUGGAGAACAGGCGCUACAAAGAAGGACAUGUGGCUUACGCCGAAUCUCACGACCAAGCGCUCGUCGGUGACAAGACGAUCGCUUUUUGGCUGAUGGACAAAGAAAUGUACGACUUCAUGUCGACGAUGAGCCCUUUGACUCCAAUCAUUGAUCGCGGACUCGGGCUCCACAAGCUCAUCCGACUUCUCACCUACGGCCUUGGAGGCGAAGCCUGGCUCAACUUCAUCGGCAACGAGUUCGGCCACCCCGAAUGGCUGGACUUCCCGCGCGUCGGAAACAACGAGAGCUUCCACUACGCUCGCAGGCAGUUCAACCUUGUUGAUGAUGACCUCUUGAGAUACAAGUUCCUCAACAAUUUUGAUCGCGAGAUGAACCGUGUCGAGGAGGAAAGCGGCUUCCUGCAUAAGGGACCCGCUUACGUUUCUUGGAAGCACCAAGGAGACAAGGUGGUCGUCUUUGAACGCGGCGGUCUCGUCUUCAUCAUCAACUUCCACGGCCAAAAGUCGUUCCCCGAUUACAAGAUCGGAGUCGAGCAUGCCGGAAAGUACGCUAUCACCCUGGACUCUGAUCGUGCCGAGUUCGGAGGACACUCGCGAGUCGACCCUGCCUCCCAAUUCCACACCUUCCCCGAGGGCUACGCCGGUCGCCCCAACCACCUGUGCGCCUACAUCCCUUCCCGAACUGCCCUCGUUUUGAAACGUGUCGAU